AGCUUCAGAAGAAAAACAUUUCAGAAAUGCUGCCUAAUUUCGGCACAACAUCUGCUGCUCAGCUCAAUGAAGCCUUCAAAAUUAUGCAAGUACAAGUAAACAGGAGACUCAGUGAUCAACAUGAGGUGCAAAAGAGCCUGAAACAGAAAUUUGAAGCCCAAGGAAGGUUUCUUGAAAGAUAUUCAGCAGAACACCAUAACACAAACAAGAACCGUCCGAUCCUGAUCACAAAACCUAAAAAAGCUCCCUUGUCGCAGACGUUGCUGCCUUCUCUCUGUGACGACUCAGAAUCAAAUGCAAAGGACUUUGGAUCGGACUCGGAGCCUGACAGAAGUGAAACAGAAACAUCUGCAGAACAAUUCCGAACUCUGAAGAAGAAGCUCAGGCUUCACCAUCAUCAAAAUGACCACAAUGUCCAGCUUGCACUUAACUCAGAGUUCUGCUAUAUCCCUCAUGAGGACGACCAUAUCAGAUUUCCUUGGAACUUUGCAGCCUGCUCAUCUCCUUUACCUUUAGUAGUGCCCAGCUGCUUUCUAUAAAUUAAAAUUUGAUGAGUGCCAUAUAUAUAUAUGUGUGUGUGUGUGUGUGUGUAUUUGUAUAAGAAAUGGGAUAUUUUGAUUUUGAUGCUUCCAUUUGCUUUGAUUGGAAGUGUGUGGAAGCAAUCAAAAUAUCCAUCAUAGUAUAUAGAGAUUAGUAGUUG